GAACAAUAAAUUAAUGUAGUGUUUGAGAACCGAGAAUCACUCACUGAAUGCAUGGAGGAAUUAGAAGAAAAUGUCACUAAUCAAACCGUUUGCAAGGCAGCUUGCGGUAUUCGCCGUAUGUUAAACGAUUAUGUUUUCGUGUUUUGGCCAGCGCAAGUUAAAACGGCUAUCGAUAAUUUUGAAAAAUGUAUUGUCGAUGUGAGAAAUAAAAUUGACCACAUAAUAAAUAAAGCCAAAAAUAUUUGCACUGAACCCCCAGGCAACAAAAGAAGACGACGUAAUAAUAGCAGUCACGAUCACCGAGUUGCCGCAUUAGAAAUCAUUUGGUAGCCGCAUCCUUUUUUUCCCCGAACACUUUGGAGAAUACUGUGGUAAGCUUCCUGAUGACAAGUUGGAAACUACCUGCUUGGCUUAUCCCGAAUUAGAAAAAAGUCGUUUAAAGACAGAGUUGUCUGUUAUUUAUGCACAGAAUGAUUGCUGAGA